AAGCGAACUAGCGAGAACUGGGCGGGGCGCGGGGUACAAACCGCCUCGGCGUGUGCUCUCAAGGCAGCAUGCUGGGAGCGCGUGACGAAUGAUUGAUUGGCGGCAGCUGUGUCCAAUGGGACUGCGCCAUAGGCCGAACGUGGCCAAUGGCAAUGGUCGAAGCGGGCGGGUUGGGCGGCGCAGCGCCCGUGGGCCUGGUUGAAUCGUUUAUUUUGGACCAAGAAGAUCUGGAUAAUCCAGUGCUUAAAACAACAUCAGAGUUAUUUUUAUCAAGUCCUGCAGAAGGAGCAGAUUUAAGAACUGUGGAUCCAGAAACACAAGCAAGAUUAGAAGCAUUGCUAGAAGCAGCAGGAAUUGGUAAAUUAUCCACUGCCGAUGGUAAAGCCUUCGCAGAUCCUGAGGUGCUCCGAAGACUGACAUCAUCUGUCAGCUGUGCGUUGGAUGAAGCUGCUGCUGCAUUGACCCGGAUGAGAGCAGAGAACAAUCACAAUGCAGGACAAGUAGACAACCGCAGUUUGGCAGAAGCAUGCUCAGAUGGGGAUGUAAAUGCUGUUCGGAAGCUAUUGGAUGAAGGAAGAAAUGUAAAUGAACAUACUGAAGAAGGGGAGAGCCUUCUUUGCUUGGCCUGUUCAGCUGGGUAUUAUGAAUUGGCACAAGUGUUACUAGCGAUGCAUGCAAAUGUUGAAGAUCGAGGGAAUAAAGGAGACAUAACUCCAUUGAUGGCAGCUGCCAGUGGAGGCUAUGUUGACAUUGUAAAAUUGCUUCUUGUUCAUUGUGCCGAUGUCAAUGCUCAGUCUUCAACAGGAAACACAGCACUCACUUAUGCCUGUGCUGGAGGAUUUGUUGACAUAGUAAAAGUGCUGUUGAAAGCAGGUGCUAAUAUAGAAGAUCAUAAUGAGAAUGGACAUACCCCCUUAAUGGAAGCAGCCAGUGCAGGUCAUGUUGAGGUUGCAAGAGUACUGUUGGAAUAUGGUGCAGGAAUCAACACUCACUCCAAUGAGUUCAAAGAAAGUGCACUUACACUGGCAUGCUAUAAAGGCCAUUUAGAUAUGGUUCGCUUUCUGCUUGAAGCCGGAGCUGAUCAAGAACAUAAAACAGAUGAGAUGCAUACAGCUCUAAUGGAGGCCUGCAUGGAUGGACAUGUGGAAGUAGCUCGUUUGCUUUUAGACAGUGGUGCUCAAGUGAACAUGCCUGCAGAUUCAUUUGAAUCUCCAUUGACACUGGCUGCUUGUGGUGGACAUGUAGAGCUAGCAGCUCUACUGAUAGAAAGGGGAGCAAAUCUUGAGGAAGUUAACGAUGAAGGCUAUACUCCGCUGAUGGAAGCUGCCCGAGAAGGCCAUGAGGAGAUGGUGGCAUUGCUACUAGCACAAGGAGCAAAUAUAAAUGCACAGACAGAAGAAACGCAGGAAACAGCUCUUACCCUGGCAUGCUGUGGAGGAUUCUCUGAAGUAGCUGACUUUCUUAUUAAGGCCGGAGCUGAUAUAGAACUUGGUUGCUCUACACCUUUAAUGGAGGCUGCUCAAGAGGGUCACCUUGAAUUAGUGAAAUAUUUACUGGCAGCAGGAGCUAAUGUCCAUGCUACAACAGCAACAGGAGACACAGCUUUGACCUACGCCUGUGAAAAUGGACAUACUGAUGUUGCAGAUGUUUUGCUCCAAGCUGGUGCUGAUUUAGAACAUGAAUCUGAAGGUGGAAGGACACCACUAAUGAAGGCUGCAAGAGCUGGUCACUUAUGCACUGUACAAUUUCUCAUUAGCAAAGGUGCCAACGUUAAUAGGGCUACAGCUAAUAAUGAUCAUACAGUGGUGUCACUGGCAUGUGCAGGAGGCCACCUUGCAGUAGUUGAGCUCCUUCUGGCUCAUGGGGCAGACCCCACUCAUCGGCUCAAGGAUGGUUCAACAAUGCUCAUAGAAGCUGCAAAGGGUGGGCAUACGAAUGUGGUUUCUUACUUGCUGGAUUAUCCAAACAAUGUUCUGUCAGUACCUACCACCGACAUGUCCCAGCUCACGCCACCUUCUCAGGAUCAGUCUCAGGUUCCACGUGUACCGGUGCAUACACUUCCCAUGGUUGUACCUCCCCAGGAACCUGACAGAACACCUCAAGAGAAUUCCCCUCCCCUUCUGGGAGUACAGAAAGGUACAUCCAAGCAGAAGUCAAGUUCCCUGCAGGUAGCAGAUAAGGACCUACUGCCACCUUUUCACCCAUACCAGCCUUUGGAAUGCAUAGUAGAAGAGACUGAAGGCAAGCUGAAUGAACUUGGACAGAGAAUUAGUGCUAUUGAAAAAGCACAACUCAAAUCAUUGGAAUUAAUUCAAGGUGAACCGUUAAAUAAAGAUAAAAUUGAAGAACUUAAAAAGAACAGAGAAGAGCAAGUACAGAAGAAGAAGAAAAUACUGAAGGAGCUACAGAAAGUGGAAAGGCAGUUGCAGAUGAAAACACAACAGCAGUUUACCAAAGAAUAUUUGGAGACCAAAGGUCAGACAGACACACCACUUCCCCUGCAGCAACAGUGCCCACACACAGGUGUCUUUCCAGAAGUGGAAGGAGAUAAGGGUCUACCAGAGGAUAACUUUUCAGGGUUACCUCAGGUUGACACAGUCUUGUCUAAAGAUGAUCAGAAACAACAUGCUUCCCCCCCUGCCGAACCAAUAGAGUUUGUCCCCAUCCAGCCUUUGCCAACAUCGCAGUGUAAUUUUUCCAGUAAUUUAGGUUAUAAUGGGACAGAUUCUCUUGAACUUCAGAAAGCAUUAGGUAAUCAGCAGAAUAUAGGACAGCAUCAGCAAAUUGCUGGACAUGGGCAGGGGCUGUUAGUUCAAGAACCAGACGGAUUAAUGGUUGCCACUCCAGCCCAGACGCUUACCGACACUCUUGAUGACCUAAUAGCAGCUGUGAAUAGCAGAGUGCCCACUGGCUCCACUAGUUCCACACACACCACGGAAUCUCCUACACCGGAGCCCUGUUCGCAGACGCCAAGCAAUGUAGCUUCUCAGUCUGUACUCCCUAUGUAUCCUUCAGUUGACAUUGAUGCACAUACUGAGAGUAAUCAUGAUACUGCACUGACCCUUGCAUGUGCAGGUGGUCACGAAGAACUUGUAUCUGUAUUAAUAGCACGAGGUGCCAAUAUUGAACACCGAGACAAGAAGGGUUUUACACCAUUAAUUCUGGCUGCAACUGCCGGACAUGUUGGCGUAGUGGAAAUCCUACUAGACAAAGGUGGGGAUAUAGAGGCACAGUCUGAGCGCACAAAAGACACACCACUUUCACUGGCAUGCUCUGGUGGACGCCAAGAGGUGGUUGACUUGUUGCUGGCUCGGGGAGCAAAUAAAGAGCAUAGGAAUGUUUCUGAUUAUACACCAUUAAGUCUUGCUGCAUCUGGGGGAUAUGUCAACAUCAUUAAGAUUCUGCUUAAUGCUGGAGCAGAAAUUAAUUCACGGACUGGGAGUAAGUUAGGUAUUUCUCCUCUGAUGUUGGCUGCAAUGAAUGGCCAUGUACCUGCAGUGAAACUGUUGCUUGAUAUGGGUUCUGAUAUUAAUGCCCAAAUUGAGACUAAUCGGAAUACAGCGCUCACCCUGGCUUGCUUCCAGGGCCGAGCAGAGGUGGUCAGUCUUCUCUUGGACAGGAAAGCCAAUGUUGAACAUAGGGCUAAGACUGGUCUCACCCCUCUCAUGGAAGCUGCUUCUGGAGGGUAUGCAGAGGUUGGAAGAGUUCUCCUUGAUAAAGGAGCAGAUGUCAAUGCUCCACCAGUGCCUUCCUCAAGAGAUACGGCUUUAACAAUUGCAGCAGACAAAGGCCACUACAAGUUCUGUGAGCUCCUCAUUAAUCGGGGAGCACAUAUUGAUGUUCGCAACAAGAAAGGAAAUACACCAUUGUGGUUAGCAGCUAAUGGUGGCCACUUUGAUGUGGUGCAGUUGCUUGUGCAGGCAGGAGCUGAUGUCGAUGCAGCAGAUAACCGAAAAAUCACACCCCUUAUGUCAGCCUUUCGCAAGGGUCAUGUGAAAGUAGUUCAGUUCCUGGUGAAAGAAGUUAACCAGUUCCCUUCAGAUAUUGAGUGUAUGCGAUACAUAGCCACCAUAACUGACAAGGAGCUGCUGAAAAAAUGUCACCAGUGUGUGGAGACAAUUGUGAAGGCUAAAGAUCAGCAAGCUGCAGAAGCAAAUAAGAAUGCUAGUAUCCUGCUAAAGGAGCUUGACCUGGAAAAGUCAAGAGAAGAAAGCAGAAAACAAGCUCUUGCAGCUAAACGAGAGAAGAGAAAGGAAAAGAGAAAGAAGAAGAAAGAAGAACAAAAAAGAAAGCAGGAAGAAGAUGAAGAAAACAAACCUAAGGAAACUCUAGAGCUGCAAGAAGAUGAUGAUGAAGAGGAAAAUGAUGAUGAAGUGGAGCAAGAAGUUCCUAUAGAGCCUCCCAGUGCAACCACUACAACUACAAUUGGAAUCUCUGCAACAUCAGCAACUUUCACAAAUGUCUUCGGGAAGAAGAGAGCCAAUGUGGUGACUACCCCCAGCACCAACCGAAAAAACAAGAAAAAUAAAACUAAGGACACUCCUCAGAAUGUGCAGAUAAUUUUGCCAGAUCAGCAUAUAUCUCUAGCACAACAAAAAGCAGAUACAAAUAAAAUAAAUGGAGAGCCAAGAGGUGGCGGUGCAGGUGGGAAUAGUGAUUCUGAUAACCUGGAUAGCACAGAUUGUAAUAGCGAGAGUAGCAGUGGAAGUAAAAGCCAGGAAUUAAACUUCACAAUGGAUACAAACUCAUCUACUGAUAGGCGAUACUCCUCGUUGCUGCUCCCUUCUCAGGAAGAAAAGUCUAGCACCUCAGCUCCAAAAACACCAACAAGACUUGAUGAUGAAACUAAUCCAAAUUCAUUAUCAACAAGUUAUAAAUCUGUGUCCCUGCCUCUUGCGUCUCCAAAUGUGAAGCUGAAUCUUACUAGUCCAAAAAGAGGCCAGAAGAGAGAAGAAGGCUGGAAAGAAGUGGUUAGAAGGCAAGUGGGCAGAGUUUUGAAAGACCCACCCCCUAGCAAUACUCUGCAGCCAACACCCAUUGAGCAGUUCCAGCUACAAAGAGGAGGACGCUGCUGUUCAGGAGCAAAAAGGUCAAAGAAAUUAUCUGUCCCAGCUUCUGUUGUAUCUAGAAUAAUGGGAAGAGGUGGGUGUAACAUCACAGCAAUUCAGGAUGUCACUGGUGCUCAUAUUGAUGUGGAUAAACAAAAAGAUAAGAAUGGAGAGCGAAUGAUCACAAUAAGGGGUGGUACAGAGUCAACAAGAUAUGCAGUGCAGCUCAUCAAUGCUCUUAUUCAAGAUCCUGCCAAGGAACUGGAAGAUCUGAUUCCUAAAACUCAUAUAAGAACACCUGCUUCUAGCACCAAAUCAAUUCAUGCAAAUUUUUCGACUGGAGUUAGUACUGCAGCUGCUUCUAACAAAAAUUCGUUUCCUCUUGGCGCACCACCUCUGGUCACAUCGCAGUCAUCGACGCUAUCGACUUUCCAGCCCACUAGUAAACUAAACAAGAAUGUUCCAGCAAACGUACGUUCUUCUUUUCCAGUGUCUCUUCCUUUAGCUUAUUCCCACCCUCACUUUGCCUUGCUGGCUGCCCAAACUAUGCAACAGAUUCGGCACCCUCGCUUACCUAUGGCCCAGUUUGGAGGAACUUUUUCACCUUCACCGAACACUUGGGGACCAUUCCCAGUGAGACCAGUUAACCCUGGCAGCACAAACAGCUCUCCGAAGCAUAAUAGUUCAAGUCGUCGUGUAGGUAAUCAGAAUGGGAAUAUUUUACAGUCAGAGUCUACUGGAUUAGCUACUUCUAGUUGUCCUAUUACUGUCUCAUCUGUAGCUGCUUCCACCCAACCACUGUGUGUAACCAGCAAUCGGACUCCCUCAUCAGUCAGAAAGCAGUUGUUUGCUUGUGUUCCGAAGACAAGUACUGGAGCAACAGCGGUCUCAACUGUGACAAGCACCUGUAGCAGUCUGCCUUCUGCUUCCUCUGCACCUGCCAACAAUGGGCAAGUUCCCACAGCAUUUCUGCCCUCUAAUGGUCCACAGACGCAGCAAUCUACACUUAAAACGGACUCUCUUUCAACUGUUUCUACACCCAAAGAGAAGGUGUCAACACCUGACCAGCCUGUUGGAAGUGUGAACGCACCAACUUCCGUUGCAAGUAGUUGCAGUAUGUCAACUAGCAGCAAUCCAGGAGUCAUAGAAACUCGCCCAGCAAGCAGUCCUGCACCUCUGAAUAAUGUCCAAGAUGAAAUAUUGCCAACCAGCAUGUCAGAGAUGAGUCCUUCUAUGUCGAUGCCUUUUUCAUCUAGCUCAGAACCCACUCCAUUAAGCUUAGCUUCACCCAGAUCAGUUGCUGCAGAUAAUCAGGACAACAGUAAUUUACCUCAGUUAGCUGUACCAGCACCUCGAGUUUCUCACAGAAUGCAGCCUAGGAGUUCUUUCUAUUCAGUGGUACCAAAUGCAAACCUACAUCAAGAUCCUCAGUCUAUUUUUGUUACAAAUCCAGUUCCUUUAACACCUUCGCAAGGCCCGCCUGCUGCAGUGCAGCUUUCAUCAGCCAUGAACGUUAUGAAUGGUUCUCAGAUGCACAUUAACCCAGCAAACAAAUCCUUGCCUCCUACGUUUGGGCCAGCAACGCUCUUCAAUCACUUUAGUAGUCUCUUUGAUAGCAACCAGGUGCCAGCCAACCAAGGAUGGGGAGACUGUCCGUUAUCCACGCGAGCAGCAGCAGACCCAUCUUUUGCUGUUCAGUCUACUUUUCUGAAUAACUCUGUGCUUGGACAUGUAGAAAAUGUGCAUCCUGACAACUCCAAGGCUCCUGGAUUUAGGCCACCUUCCCAGAGAGUUUCUACUAGUCCUGUAGGAUUACCUUCUUUAGAUCCAUCAAACAUCUCUACAACAUCGUCUUCAGGGCCUCUGACAGGCUUUUCAGCCAACAUACAAGGAGCACGGGUUUAUCUUCAAGGGCCAGCACCUGUUGGGACCCCCAGUUUUAACAGACAGCAUUUUUCACCACAUCCGUGGACAAGCGCAACAAAUUCAUCAGGUGAAUCUCCUAUUCCAUCAGUUUCCUCGGGAUCAUCCUCACCCCUAUCAGCUGCUUCUGCACCUUCUAGCUUGGGCCAGCCAAAAACGGGUAACACAAGUCAAGAUCGAAAAGUACCACCUCCCAUUGGGACAGAGAGACUUGCUAGAAUUCGACAGGGAGGGUCUGUUACUCCUACCCCACUGGGAACCAACUUCACAGCUCCAGUUGGUCACAGUGGUAUCUGGUCAUUUGGAGUUAACAGUGUAUCGGAAGGCUUGUCUGGUUGGUCCCAACCCGUAAUGGGGAAUCAUCCAAUGCAUCAACAAUUAUCAGACCCAGGCACGUUUUCUCAGCAUCAGCCAAUGGAAAGAGAUGAUUCUGGAAUAGUGGCUCCCUCAAACAUUUUCCACCAACCUAUGCCAAAUAGUUUUGUGGAUUUUUCUAAGGGUUUACCAAUUUCCAUGUAUGGAGGCACUCUAAUACCUUCACAUCCUCAGCUCGCUGAUGGCCCAGGAGGCCCUCUGUUUAAUGGGCUUCAUACUCCAGAUCCAGCCUGGAACCCUAUGAUCAAGGUUGUCCAAAAUUCAACAGAAUGUACUGAUGCUCAGCAGAUUUGGCCUGGCACCUGGGCACCUCACAUUGGAAACAUGCAUCUCAAGUACGUCAACUGAUUUGAGGGUCUAUCCUUUUUAGCAUUGUUCGGGAAACCUAUGACCUUGAAGAACCCUGGGGAUUUUUUUAAUGUGCCUAACAAAGCAUUUUUCUUUUUCUGUGGGCUGUAAAAAUGGAAACUUGAUUGCCCAUUGUAUAAGAACAAAUUUGAUUUACCUAUACAACUGAUUCUGUUCUCCAGUUAGUUUAGCCAUUUUGAACUUAAAAUCAGAUGAAUUUAGUGCUUUUGGCUAAACACUACUGAAUGCUACUUGUAUGCAGCAGAGAACUAGAUGAUUACAUGAUUUCAACCUUUUAGGGUGGUAAAUACAUGUAUAAUUGUUUACAUACUUAAAAAGGAAAAGUUGAGUAAAUUUCAUGUCGUAUAGUGGCUCUACUUUAUGUAGCCUGUAUUAAUGUGAAAUAUUUACCUGAAUAUUCAAUAAAAAGGCGAACAG